AUGAGGAAAGUACCCUGGGGCCAUUGCCUCAUCGGUGGGGACAGGGAGGAGGAUAAGAGACACUGGGCACGCUGGCCCAAGCAGUGGGAUUCAUCCAUGGAGUAUCAUUCGGUGCCAGGCUCCGCUGCUGGUAGUCGGGAAUCUGCUUUUGUACAUGCCAUCUCCUCUGCUGGAGUUGUUUUUGCCAUCACCAGGGCUUGUAGUCAAGGGGAGCUGAAAUCCUGUUCCUGUGAUCCCCAGAAGAAAGGGUCUGCCAAGGACAGCAAGGGCCAUUUUGACUGGGGUGGCUGCAGCGACAACAUUGACUAUGGUGUUAAAUUUGCCAGAGCCUUUGUGGAUGCUAAAGAACGGAAAGGCAAAGAUGCAAGAGCACUGAUGAACCUUCACAACAACAGAGCUGGAAGGAAGGCCGUGAAGCGGUUUUUGAAACAGGAGUGCAAAUGUCACGGUGUGAGUGGAUCAUGCACUCUAAGGACCUGUUGGCUGGCCAUGGCAGACUUUAGGAAAACAGGAGAUUAUCUGUGGAAGAAAUACAAUGGAGCGAUUCAGGUGGUCAUGAAUCAAGAUGGCACGGGUUUCACUGUGGCUAAUAAGAGAUUUAAGAAGCCAACUAAGAAUGACCUGGUAUACUUUGAAAGCUCUCCAGACUACUGUGUCAGGGACAGGGAUGUAGGGUCCCUCGGGACAGCUGGUCGGGUUUGUAACCAAACCUCCCGCGGCAUGGACAGCUGUGAAGUGAUGUGCUGCGGGAGAGGCUACGACACCUCCCGCGUCAGCAGAAUGACAAAAUGCGAGUGCAAAUUCCACUGGUGUUGUGCUGUGCGCUGCCAGGACUGCCUGGAAGUGGUAGAUAUUCACACCUGCAAAGCACCAAAGAGUGCUGGCUGGAUCUCCCGGACAUGAUGCAUGAGCUACUGAUGCUUGAGGACCACAGCCUUCGCCCUUCCUGGUCCGUGCAGGGAACGC